AUGGGUCUCACAUUCCAACUGAUACCAGCUUUGUUCUACCUGUUAACAUGUACCGGUGAUGUUGUCCAAGGACAGAGAAGGAUCUGCCAACCGUGUGUUAGAGAGAUCAUCCACACUGCAAACCUUCUUAUUGGGAAAAAGUUUCCCUGCUGUGAGAUGGAAGUGCCAGACAUCUUUGAGGAUACAGAGAAUUCCAGUACUCCGCAGUUGUUACCCAAGGAGUCAUCGUGCUCUCAGCUGGUCAUGACAACGAAUGACUUUGAAACAUUAUGCAGAGCUGUCACUGUGCUCCAACAGGUCUCCAACAGCUGCUCAGUCCCUAAGAUAAACAACAUGAAUAGGAACCUAAUGCAUUUAGUGAAUCAGACCACAUGUCCUGUGAAUCAAACCAAGAUUACUAAAUUGCAAGAUUUCCUGAGCAAACUAAAAGACAUCAAUCUGAAGAUUUUUCAAAAAGCACAGUUUUAG